UCUCAAUCUCAGCUUGCUUUUGUAAGAGUUGAACAAUUCUCUUACACCUUUAAAUCUCGUACACGUUUCCUCCCUAACCACACUCGUGCCGCUUCCUCCGCCUCCUCACGUGCCACCACGUCCCCCUUCAUUUAUAUUCCUAUUCAAACUCCCUCUCCUCCUUCAAACGCCUCUCACUCCUCCCCCUCCCCCUCUCUCUCUGUCAACCUUGCGCCUUUCGAUCCUCCAAUGGCUUCCGCGACACCCCUUUUGACGGAUGAGCUCGACAUUGUGAUCCCCACCAUCAGAAACCUCGACUUCCUGGAGAUGUGGAGGCCAUUCUUGCAGCCCUACCACCUCAUCAUCGUCCAGGACGGUGAUCCGUCGAAGACCAUCAAAGUCCCGGACGGCUACGACUACGAGCUCUAUAACCGCAACGACAUUAACAAGAUUCUGGGUCCGAGGUCGUCCUGCAUUUCGUUCAAGGACUCUGCCUGCCGAUGCUUCGGAUACAUGGUCUCCAAGAAGAAGUACAUCUUCACCAUCGACGAUGACUGCUUUGUUGCAACAGACCCAUCUGGCAAACCAGUGAAUGCACUGGAGCAACACAUCAAGAACCUCCUUGCACCAUCGACCCCAUUUUUCUUCAACACGCUGUAUGAACCCUUCAGAGACGGUGCGGAUUUUGUUCGUGGAUACCCUUUCAGUCUCCGUGAGGGUGUUCCGACCGCUGUCUCUCACGGUCUCUGGCUCAACAUCCCGGAUUAUGAUGCACCAACACAGCUUGUGAAGCCACUUGAGAGAAACACCAGGUUUGUGGAUGCUGUUAUGACAAUCCCAAAGGGCACAUUGUUCCCAAUGUGUGGGAUGAACUUGGCUUUCGACCGUGACCUCAUCGGCCCUGCUAUGUACUUCGGACUCAUGGGUGACGGUCAGCCAAUUGGACGCUACGACGAUAUGUGGGCUGGCUGGUGCACCAAGGUGAUAACAGAUCAUUUGGGGCUUGGAGUGAAGACAGGGCUGCCAUAUAUCUACCACAGCAAAGCCAGCAACCCAUUUGUGAACCUGAGGAAGGAGUACAAAGGCAUCUUCUGGCAGGAAGAGAUCAUCCCAUUCUUCCAAUCUGCUGUCCUUCCCAAAGACUGCACCACCGUGCAAGCAUGCUACAUUGAGCUCUCCAAGCAGGUCAAGGAGAAGCUCAGCACGGUGGACCCCUACUUCGACAAGCUCGCCGACGCCAUGGUAACAUGGAUUGAAGCUUGGGAUGAGCUCAACCCUAAUGGACCCGGAUCCAAACUGGCCAACGGCAAGUCCAAAUGAAAAAAAUAAAGGAUAAAAAGUUCAUUUAACUUUACUCUUUAUAUUUUUACUGUACCUUCUGGGAGUUAUAUCUAUCGUUAGUUUAGUGACUGUAAUCUUUUGUUUUUUACCCUCCUUCUGAGCCAGUUCGGUCAUCGCUUUCAGUUGCAUGUCGGCAGAUGUAAUUUUUAUUUAACGUUCUCCAAUGAGCUUAGUGCAAUAAAAGUAUGCAGUAGUUCAUUGUCUAGCUUUUUUACUA